AUGGACGAGAGUGACGACGAGGACGCUGCACCCAUGCGCGGGGACGAGGGCGCUCCUCCACUGCGCGAGCGCAGCCUUUCUGCGAUGGACGUCGAUAGCGACGAUGAGGAGCGGUUGAAAGAAAUCGAAAGCCGCGCGGCUUCGCCUUCGGCUUCCGUACGAGGUUCCUCUUCCGUACCCGGACUAUCGACAUCGUCCACGGUGACAGAAGUGCGCCCUACGCCCUCACCCGUGCCUUCGAUGGCUAGAAGGACCGAGACGCCGGGCGACGCAAAGGACUUCUUCGCGACGCCCUCUACGCUUCCUGCGCCAAGUACAAUUGCUACGUCAAGUGCGACCGCUGUGCCAUUUCCAUCCGCUCCGCCAUGUCCGACCGAGCAGCCCAAGGAGUACGAGACGAUCCACGUGUCGCGUGCCCCGCAGCGCAAGCGGCCUGCAAUACCAAACCCCUUUGUCUCUGGGGGCUUCCUCAGUUCUUUCGACGCUCUAAAGCCAGCGCAGGUUGCUGAUUCUCCAGGACCCUCAUCGACUGUGUUGGGCGUCAAGCGUUCCUACACCGGCGAGACGAAGUCGACGCCGCCGCCCCAAGCAUCGAAACGACCUCCGACUCAGCCCCGUAUACUCUCCCCUCUUGUCAACGGCUCCGCGCGGUCUACCUCCGCCCUCUCUGCGGCCGAUGCUAUCACCCCCUCUCACCAAUCACACGCGGGUAUCUUACCACCCUCCGCACCCUCCUCUGUAAAGCCAGAGCGCAAUUCUCCCGAUCUUCCUCGGCAUGCUUCACCUUCUCGUCCGCCUGCCGCAUUGACAAAUAAGCGCUCGCCAAGUACACUACAGCAGCCACCACCGCUACCGCCCUCUCAUGCACCUCCUCCCCCUCCGCCUUCCCAAGCUCCUCCACCCCCGCCGACGGGCAUCUCAGCACCGCCACCUCCACCUACCUCGGCGCCUCCUCUUCCGCCUGCUUCGGCACCUCCGCCUCCUCCAUCGUCAGCGCCUCCGCCCCCGCCUUCUUUGAGCGAGGCCAACAGGCUGCCGUCGCUGCCCAACAACAGGUGGAAGCGCAUUCGCCUGGACGAGCAUACGACUUCGCCCUCGCCAGCGCUGCCGCUGCCGCCUUCGGGUCAGGCGCAGCACCAGCCCAUCGGGGAGUUCAAGCAGGGGCAAGCCUCGCCUGGUAUUCUUGACGCUCAUGCGCAUCCUAUAGCCUUACCCCGCCCCACGCAACGAGCCCCUCCCGCGCCGGCUGCGCAGAACGGCCAUUGGACGAAUCCGCUGGAAAGACGGCCAUCGGUGCCGGCGGUUGCGAAUCCGCCACCUCCGCCCGUUGCCCAGCCUCCGCCUCCACCUCCGACUACCCAGGCUCCUCCGCCUCCGACUUACCAAGCCCCUCCGCCACCUACUAACCAGCCUCCUACGCUUUUGCCGGUGUUAUCUAUCCCAGCUGCUAGUAAGUUACCUCCUAUAUCUUGCCUGGGUCGUAUGCUCAUCUUCUCCAGCCCCCAUGCGCCAUGCCCUGCCCGCCAAACCUACACCUGCCGUCUAUACCCCUACCUCGGCCUCAGCCCCCCAACCACCCCGCAAACCCAGCGGCGCCCAACGUCGUUCCGGUAA